AUGAAGAACUUUGAAGCUGCCCAGGCUCUACUCGACAAAGCGCACGCGACACUGAUGACGCUGACAAAACUUCAAGCAGACAUCGAUAGCCGUGAAGACUCAAAGGAAGCAGAUGCACCUAGAGAUCUCCCUGGGGAACAUGCUGACUCACGCCGAUGUGGAAUCUCGGGACAUCACACUUCCAUCUGCGAGAAGCUUUUCGAAUCGACAGGCAGAUCGAGGACACCUCCAGCAGCUCAACUAACGAAGAAGUCAUCAUUAAAAUCAGCACCACACGCAUCGACAACGUCUAUGAAUGUAAAUACUGUAGUUUUUGACCAAGCGAAAAUCGAGAAGCCGAAGUCGGAGACAGUCGUGCAUGGAAACGACAACGCGGAAUCCCUGAUUCUCUUAGGACACGCAAAAGUUCGGAAUCCGACAACUGCAACCCUAGAACCAGUCUACGCAAUGCUUGAAACAGGAGCCGACAGAUCGUUCGUCUGCAACGAAUUGGCCGAUCGACUGCAACAGAAAGAUGUGGAUUCUAAGCAACUCUAA